AUGACAUCACUUCAAUCAGGAGAAGGUGCAGGUCAUCAAAAUGUCCAAAAAUGUCUCAUUCAGUUCAGAUCAAAAGUGCAAGAUGAAGAGCAUAAAGGUACAGGGAAGACGGAUGGAAUGACAUCACUUCAAGCCGCAGAAGAUACAGGUCAUCAAGAUGUCCAAAAAUAUCUCAUUCAGUUCAGAGGAGGAGUGCAAGAUGAACGGCAUAAUGGUACAGAGAAGACAGAUGGAAUGACAUCACUUCAAGCCGCAGAAGAUGCAGGUCAUCAAGAUGUCCAGCAAUGUCUCAUUCAGUUCAGAGGAGGAGUGCAAAAUGAAGGGCAUAAAUGUACAGAGAAGACAGAUGGAAUGACACCACUUCAAGCCGCAGAAGAUACAGGUCAUCAAGAUGUCCAAAAAUAUCUCAUACAUUUCAGAGGAGGAGUGCAAGAAGAACGGCAUAAAGGUACAGAGAAGACGGAUGGAAUGACAUCACUUCAAGCCGCAGAAGAUACAGGUCAUCAAGAUGUCCAAAAAUGUCUCAUUCAGUUCAGAGGAGGAGUGCAAGAUGAACGGCAUAAAUGUACAGAGAAGACAGAUGGAAUGACACCACUUCAAGCCGCAGAAGAUACAGGUCAUCAAGAUGUCAAAAAAUGUCUCAUUCAGUUUAGAGGAGGAGUGCAAGAUGAACGGCAUAAAGGUACAGAGAAGACAGAUGAAAUGACAUCACUUCAAGCAGGAGAAGGUGCAGGUCAUCAAGAUCUCCAACAAUUUCUCUUUCAGUUCAGAGGAGGAGUGCAAGAAGAACGGCAUAAAGGUACAAAGACAGAUGAAAUGACAUCACUUCAAGCCGCAGAAGAUGCAGGUCAUCAAGAUGUCCAACAAUGUCUCAUUCAGUUCAGAGGAGGAGUGCAAGAUGAAGAGCAUAAAGGUACAGAGAAGACGGAUGGAAUGACAUCACUUCAAGCCGCAGAAGAUACAGGUCAUCAAGAUGUCCAAAAAUGUCUCAUUCAGUUCAGAGGAGGAGUGCAAGAUGAACGGCAUAAUGGUACAGAGAAGACAGAUGGAAUGACAUCACUUCAAGCCGCAGAAGAUGCAGGUCAUCAAGAUGUCCAGCAAUGUCUCAUUCAGUUCAGAGGAGGAGUGCAAAAUGAAGGGCAUAAAUGUACAGAGAAGACAGAUGGAAUGACACCACUUCAAGCCGCAGAAGAUACAGGUCAUCAAGAUGUCAAAAAAUGUCUCAUUCAGUUCAGAGGAGGAGUGCAAGAUGAACGGCAUAAAGGUACAGAGAAGACAGAUGAAAUGACAUCACUUCAAGCAGGAGAAGGUGCAGGUCAUCAAGAUCUCCAACAAUUUCUCUUUCAGUUCAGAGGAGGAGUGCAAGAAGAACGGCAUAAAGGUACAAAGACAGAUGAAAUGACAUCACUUCAAGCAGGAGAAGAUGCAGGUCAUAAAGAUCUCCAACAAUUUAUCUUGCAGUUCAGAGGAGGAGUGCAAGAUGAACGGCAUAAAUAUGCUAAGAAGACAGAUCGAAUGACAUCACUUCAAGCCGCAGACGAUGCAGGUCAUGAUGAUGUCCAAAAAUGUCUCAUUCAUUUCAGAGGAGGAGUGCAAGAUGAACGGCAUAAAGGUACAGAGAAGACAGAUGGAAUGACAUCACUUCAAGCAGCAGAAGAUACAGGUCAUCAAGAUGUCCAAAAAUGUCUCAUUCAGUUCAUUACAGAGAAGACAGAUGGAAUGACAUCACUUAAAGCCGCAGAAGAUGCAGGUCAUCAAGAUGUCCAAAAAUGUCUCAUUCAGUUCAGAGGAGGAGCGCAAGAUGAACGGCAUAAAGGUACAGAUAAGACAGGUUGA